UAAAAAUUGCUUAGAACACUUUUUUAAAAUAUUUUUUUUAGAUUUAAAACUACAUAAAUUAAUGAUUACUCUUUGAAAUCUUUUUGGUACUUGAGAGUACAUUCUAAUAUGCAAAUAAGUUCUGUGCCAACAAUGAAACUUAAUGAGACUCUCAACACCCGCUACCUUUUCCAUGAUUAAUGAUUUGGCAGUAAGCAAGUGGUUCACUAGUGGGUUGCAAGCUCAAGAUCAAGAUCAUUGGACUGCUAUUCCUAUGCCAUGGCUGCAACAUGACUUGGCUAUAACCAAGCCAGUGACUAUAUAAACUGGGCUCUGGUUGGGCUUAGAGCAUCAGUUACUUGGAAGUCACUACCAGUUACGGAUAUCCAGUUCAUCAUGCGCUUCACUCUGCUCGCUGUCUUCCUCUUCGGAGUGAUCUUGGCCGUUGUCUCCGCCGGUGGAAACGGUGGUGGCGGUGGAGGAGGUGGCCAAGGAGGCUGGCAGAAGGGCGGCGGAGGAGGCGGCGGCGGCCAGGGAGGCUGGCAGCAGGGAGGAGGUGGAGGCGGUGGCCAGAAGCAUGGAGGCGGCGGUGGAGGCGGCUGGCAGAAGGGAGGCGGCGGCGGUGGUGGCAAGCACGGCGGCGGAAAUGGCGGUGGUGGUAAGCACGGAGGCGGCGGCGGAGGCGGUGGCGGCAAGCACGGAGGCGGCGGCUGGUAAACACAGAAGACUCCCGAAAGAACCACUGAAGACCCACCCACAAAGCCUUACGAUCUGAUGCAGUGUGCCCACCAAAUUUCUUGGCCAUGCUGAUCUCCUAACAGCUAAAACUGUCUCGUCUUUUUCCUAUACUCAUUUGAAAUAAUCAAAAAUUAUAGUUUUCUAAUUGUCAAACCAAAAUAAAUAUUAUUUCCUGCAAUUUCAUAUAAGACAUUUUAAUGUUAAAAUCAAUUAAAAAUGGGAAGACAACUACUAGGCUAUUGUCUGAAAGUUCGGUAAAUAAAUUAAAGAAAUGCCAGUCCCAGCCUUA